GUCACUCAAUUGCUGCAGACGUUUAACGAGUAUGCUUUCAAUUCAACAGAGGAACAUUCUUCUCGUGAUGGUCUUCACCGGUAUUAUAAACAGUUACAUCCUUAGAAGUUGCGUUCACCUUGCCCUAACUGAGAUGGUUGUAAAACAAGAAACCUCGGGCGGACGCGACUGUACAUCGUCCAAAUCUAUUGACAUAAAUCCGAAUGGUCCCCGUUUUGAGUGGACUCAACGUCAUCAAGCCGCUAUACUAGUUUCCUUCCUUAUCGGCUACGUACUGAGUCAUACAACUGGGCAUAUUUUGCUCGAUAAGUUUGAAGGUCACUACAUUCUGGCACUGGGAGUACUGACAUCAGCUGCUAUGACUGCAAUAAUACCACAAGUCAUUAUAUACAGCAAUUGGUAUGUGUUCUGCGGUAUACGCUUAAUUGUGGGUAUGGCCCAGGGACCUUUAUUUGCUGGUGUUGCACAUAUAUUUUCCAAGUGGAUUCCCAAACAGGAACACCGAAAGGCAUCACUGCUGGCGUAUUUAGGACCGCACAUCGGAAAUAUCGUCGCGUAUAUUGGGACGGGCAUAUUGAUGUCGUCCACUACAUGUUGGGAGGUUGUAUACUAUGUCUGGGGAGGGCUGGCCACUUUUUGGUUUCUCCUUUUUGCGAUAUUGUGUCGCUCGAACCCCGCAAAUCAUCCACUAAUUACACCGGAAGAAAAACUGUUACUGGUCAAUCAAACCGAGUCUAGGCCAAGAUUAAAGGUUUCUCGGAAGAAGAUGUUGUGCGAUUGGAAAACUCUGGGCAUUAUCUCUGGAUGGAUUGGGCAUUCGCUUGUCUAUUUCUUCGUUAACAUUAGCUUACCAAAGUACUUGAAAGAGGUUAUUAAAGUUAAUGUUCUGGAGAAUGGGAUCAUGAACUCCGUUUUCUACGCAUGCGCAAUGAUUAGCAUUUUUAUUAGCAUAUCUGCCGGAGAAAAAAGUAUGCCACGGGAUGACUCGGCAUUAAAUACUAGGCGCUGCUUACUUAUUUUUGGAAAUUUGGCGCCGUGUGUUUGCCUACUGCUAGCGGGGUACUUGGAGUGCGACCGUUACAAGGUCGGCUUUCUGAUCGCACUGAGUGGUUUAGUAAUGGGACCGUCGUACUUUGCCGUUCGAUCCAGCAUAUACGAUCUGACACAUAAUUUUGGCGCUGCCGCGACUGUUUUGGUUAAUGGAUUUGGAACAUUAAGCUACAUUCCAGUGCCUAACGCUAUAGCUUAUAUUGCAAGCACUAACAGCCGCCAAGAAUGGCUAAUAAUCUCUUUAACUCUGUUUGGUGUAACUGGGUUGACAACAAUGAUUUCUGUAUGGAAAUCUACACGACAAAGAGCUGACUGGGACUAACUUUCAAAGAAAGUACGUGUAUAAGGCCGUUAAAGCACUCUGUAAGCAAAUGUGGCAUCACAAAAGAUAGCCAGAAAGUUGUAAACACCUUUUACUAGUAUUUUGAGCA